AUGUCGAUGCUCACCGCCGAGCACCGGCCGUAUUCACCACAGGCCACGCGCCCAGGACGCCAGCCUCAACCUCCUCGCCCAACCCCACGGACACCUGCGCGGCCACCACCCGGACGUCGCACGUCGGCAGACAGCGCUGCUAUGAGGCCACGACCCAUGGUAUCACCCGCACCGGGCCGGACACCGCCCCCGCUUCCUUCUCGCGGCGCAACAGGUUCGCCGUCUGUCAUGAGCGGCCGUGAAGGAAGCACCUUCACUCGCCGGGGCGAGACUGUCCACAGCCCGCCUCCCGCCGAGCUUGAGCUAUUCGCUCACCACUGUCGUGUCUUCUAUUUCACCGCCGCACCACCAGAGGACAGCGCCAACUACAUUUCGCGCACGCUCGCAGCGCUCCCGCCGGCUCACCGGGCAGCAUACACGCGUGUCCAGUCGAGCCUGCGUGCCCAAGCUCAUCUGCACCACCUCCGUGUGCGCAUUUCGUCCUUCCACGCCCUCAUGGCGGCCACAGCCCCCAACUCGGGCCUGUCUCUUCCUGCCCGUUCCGAGCUGGCUGGCCGCCGCGCCCAGACUGAACGCGCCGACCGCCUGGGACUGUUUAUCCGCACAUGGGGAGGCAGUGCCGGCGCCCUUGAGCCCUUCUUUCGUGGGCUUUGGAGUGUGCUCCGUGUCCAGAGUCGCGGACCGCCUCCUCGCGGCGGUGCGGGACCACGCUGCGUCGUGUGGGAAGUUGACGACGCCGUCUUCCUCGAGUCUGGUGGUCCCGAGUUUAUGCACGAGGCCGUCACGAUCAUGAAGGGCGUGUUGGGAUUCACAGACCAGCCACUCACCGCUGGACCGCGUCUUCGCCGUGUCUCACACUAUCCAGAGGAUCCCGCUACCGCCACGCAGGACCAGCGCAUGCGCUCUGGUUCAGACCCAUUCACAGACCGUGCUCCCUUGCCUGUGGUGCAGCCGCGCAAGUCAUCUGGCCGCGGCCCCGCCCCUCCUCCCCCGCCUUCACGCCGUCGGCCAUCGACCCAGGCCCCCCAGUACGCUACCGAACGCCGCUGGCCACCAGAGGACGGAGGCGCCGCAUCACCGCUCCUGCCCCCUUGCUCGCCCAACUUGCACGGUCCCGUAACCCCCACCAUGCACUCGACGCCCACCCUCGCGCCGACGUCGCCCAUCUCCAUCGCCACGACGGAAGACGACGACGAGGCCGAGGAAGAGGCCGACCUGAACAAGGCCCGCUUCCGCCUCUGGACGUUCCCCACACACAUCAACGACGAGGAGGCCGAAAACCUCAUGACCUUGUUCCCGCGCUACGUCUCCAAGACGGACCAGCGGUUCCCCCUCCGCCGCGCCCGGGCAAAGGACCUCGAGCUGGGCAGCGACACGUGGAUGCCUGUCACCGUCGACGGCGUGACGGCCACCAUCCCGCGCGUCGAGGCCGAGGACGACGCGGGCGUCCUGCGUGCCGGAACGGGACGCAUGUGGGUCGGUACGGACGAGCGGGGUGGUGGAUGGGGUGGUGGCGGUUGGUUUAGGUUCAAGCGCUGGUGGCGUAGACUCUUUGGAAGAGGGUGA